AUGCAAGGCCGUGAAGGGACAGAUAAUACAUACCAUAGUAGUGAGGAUACGCAUAAGAGUUCUCAGGCACAUGAUGGUGUGGAUGAUAUAAGCGAUUUGAGGUUUCUUGAGCUAUUGGUUGAGGAAAAGCCGUAUGAGUACAAGCUGAGGAAGUACAAAGGAAGGAAAGUUCCUAACGAAUCGAUGGAAUAUGAGGUGGAUGAUCAAGCAAAGUUCAAGAACAGCACAGCAUAUGCACGAGAUGAUAGUACGACAUUGCAGGCGCUUUCAGGGUCUCUGCGUAGCAGUGGAUUAAGGCAGUAUUUCAAACGAAGGCAGCUUGAAAGUGAUUUGAUGAAGAGCAAGGCAUUAAGCGAUGUUUCAAGCCAGGCUAAGGAUGUUAAGCAUCCUUUUGAUCUUGUGGAGUGGGAGAAGGAUGUGAUAUAUGAAGAGGCAGAAGUGAAUGUAAAUGCAAACAGGAGUACUAUAAUCACUGAGCUUGUUGAUAGCAUUCUUGAGGAUGAGUGGGAAAAGUAUGUUGCUGUUGAUGAUGAGGAUUUGAAGAAGCACAGGGGCUUUCUUACAUUGUAUCUGGAUGACCCGAAUUUGAUAUUUGAGAAAGUUGAUGACAAGAAGCAGGUGAAGCAGAAGAAGAAGCAGAAGGAAAUAUUUUCUGUUGACAAGCCAUUGAAAAGCAAAUACAAUAUAUCGCAUGAUAAGUAUUAUGGGCAGGAGUCAAGGACUAAGAACAGUCUUGGUACAUUUGGUGUUCAACACUCACUUCCAGCGCUUAGGCUUGAGCCAAUAUUCUAUAAAACAAAUCAUACGAAGGAUGAGCUCAGGAAUUUCCACAGACCAAGGUUUGGAUUACAUGGGAGUAACAUAGAGUUCAAGGCGAUCGGGAACACAAAGGUUAAGGCACAGAGCAUUAUCAAGAAGGCUGGUGAGAUUACAUUGAAAGACUCAAGUCCGUUUUCUCUAUUUGAGUAUAGUGAGGAAGAGCCGUUUUUUGUUGUGAAUCCGGGGAUGGCGAGUUUGCUGAACAUUUACUACAGGAAGAGCAGUGCUCGUGACGAGUAUGCGCCUGACCAAUCGCAGUACACGGUGCUUGAUAUGGAGGAUCCUUCACCGUUUUUUGGGUUUGGUGACGUUGCACCUGGGACAUCAAUGCUUGCAUUAACGAACAAUUUAUUUAUUGCGCCGGUUUUCAAGCAUAAUUUGCCUGAUUAUUUAUGCAUUGUUGAGGAGGAGGAAGGAAUAAGUGUGUGUAUGUUUAGAGAAAUUGAGAAUCUUUACUGUGUUGGACAGCAGUUUCCGUUAGAAGAUGUGUAUGCACCACACUCAAGACGACUGAAUAUUUUCUGCAAGAACAGACUGAAGGUUGCGGCGUUCCGAUUGUUUAAUGGAAAGGAUGGAGGAAGCAGGGAGUUGAAGAUAUCUCAGCUUGAUGAGAUGUUUCCGUACUUUAGCGAAGGAAGCAAAAGAAAGUGGUUAAAGGAGUAUGCAGACUGUGCAAAGAAAGGCAGGGAUAAUGUAUGGGUGUUGAGGCCAAGCUCUGCAUUACUUGGAGAGGAGGAUCUGCGCAAGCUUGUUACACCUGAGAAUAUAUGUCAGUACGAAAGUAUGCUUGCUGGAGAGCGGAGGCUUCAGGAUUCUGGACAUAAGAUAAUUGUUGAGAGCGAUGAUUCUGAGAAUGAAGAGGAGGUUGUUCCGCCUUCGUGGUGUUUGAGUAGGAAUUUUGUAAAUGCAUGCAAUGGACGAGGGCUUCUUGAGCUGAAUGGACCUGGGGAUCCUACUGGAAUUGGCGAGGGGAUAAGCUUCCGCAAAAUCCGGUUGAAGAGGGGCAAUGAGGUUGAGAAUAGAAAGAUAAUUAACGAGCACCAGAUGCGGUAUAAGGAGGAGAUUGAGAAGAUAUGGAGCAAGCAGCAAGCGUCACUUGGAUCUACCGAAGACAUACAACUUGAUGAGAUGCACUUUGCAAGGAAGUAUCAGCAGGAACGCAGGAACGACACAUUGAGUGAGACAACAAUGCAGUCUGAGGAUGUGUGUCUGACUAUCCGUAGGAUAUAUGAAGAUGGACAGGUUGAAGAAGAGAAGGUCUACGAUAGCCGAGUGAUUAAAGCAUAUUUAAAGGCACGAAAGAGAAAGAACCUUGAUGAGAAGAAGGGAGUUUUGAAGUGUGGUAAUUGUGGGCAGGUUGGGCACAUGAAGACAAACAAGACAUGUCCUAAUUUCACAUCUGCAGCUAAGAUGACUAAGAAGAAGAUCGAGGCUGAGAAGAGGAAGGCAAGAGUGUAUUUACAAGAGGUGAUGCUUGGGUUGUUGACAAAGUUUUUCCAACUGCCGUAUUCGGUUGCUUUCCACAAGCCAGUAUCCACAAAGAAGUUUCCUGACUAUCUUCUGAUUGUGUCCGAGCCGAUUGACCUGACAACGAUUAAGACAAAAGCCAGACACAACAAGUAUAAGAAGUUUGAAGAGUUUCUGCAGGAUCUUGAACUGAUGAGCAUGAACUGCUGCAAGUACAACGGCAAAGGUCAUUCAUUAACGAAGAUUGCAGAAGAAAUACUUGAGGAGAGUCGUAAGGAGUAUGAAGUGCGGAAGGGUGAAAUAAUGGAGGCAGAGAGUGUGAUUGAGAGUUUGUUUGGGGAGUAA